AUGAUUUCAUUGCGCCGCAGAUAUUUCAUUUGCUUCUCUAAAAACUCCUUAAAGCUGCAGCAGCAGCAGCAGCAGCAGCAGCAGCAGCAGCAGCAGCAGCAGCAGCAGCAGCAACAGCAGCAGAAAGAACAGCAGCAAACGCAGCAGCAGCAGCAGCAGAAGCAACAGAAGCAGCAGCAAAAAACAGCAGCAACAGCAGCAAAAACAACAGCAAAAGGAGAAGCAGUAGCAGCAGCAGCAGCAGCAGCAGCAGCAGAAGCAACAGCAGCAGCAGCAGAAGCAGUAGUGGUAGUAGCAGUGAAUUCCGCUUCUCAUGCAAACAGAGAAGCAGCAGCAGCAGCAGCAGCAGCAGCAGCAGCAAAGCAACAGCAGCAGCAGCAGAAGCAGUAG